UACUUCAGCCGUCAAACCCAACUCUGAUUCGUGUAAGAACGAAAAGACCGGAGACAUUUUGCUCUCGCAGACUCGUCCACUCACAUUUUCUGGGGUUGCGUCUACGAAUUCUCUCCUUCACUGAAAAUUUUUCGAUUACAAGCUCAUUCUUUUCAGAUCGGCUGUGGAGGAUUGGUGUGCGGCUUUGUGGGGAGUUUGAUUUUUGGUGGAUUGCGCAGUAAAGGAGUGGUUUACUGGUUUUGGUUUCAGAUCUGUGGAUUUAAGGGUUUCAUUUAGAAGUUUUGUUGGGAAGUCGAGUUAAAUGCAGAGGCAAACUAGGUAUUUGGAGAGAUCGAACACUAUGAACAGGGAAAAACGCGGGCUGGACCCUAGUGAGGGUGAAGAAGGGCAACCGGAGAAGAAGCGGCCGGCUCUUGCUAGUGUCAUUGUUGAAGCUCUCAAGGUUGAUAGCUUGCAGAAACUUUGUUCAUCUUUGGAGCCUAUUCUCCGUAGAGUUGUCAGUGAAGAAGUGGAGCGUGCUUUGGCAAAGUUGGGCCCAGCAAGACUUAAUGGAAGGUCUUCUCCAAAACGUAUAGAGGGGCCUGAUGGGAGAAAUUUGCAGCUUCACUUCCGGUCUAGGCUGUCCCUUCCCCUUUUUACUGGAGGGAAAGUUGAAGGAGAGCAGGGUGCUGCAGUCCAUGUUGUCUUACUUGAUGCAAACACAGGUCAUGUUGUCACAACAGGGUCAGAGUCCUCAGUAAAACUUGAUGUUGUUGUGCUUGAAGGUGACUUCAAUAAUGAAGAUGAUGAUGACUGGACUCAGGAAGACUUUGAAAGUCAUGUGGUAAAAGAGCGUGAAGGAAAGAGACCCCUUCUUACUGGGGAUCUGCAAGUAACACUAAAGGAAGGUGUAGGAACCCUAGGAGAACUUACAUUUACUGACAACUCAAGUUGGAUAAGGAGCAGAAAGUUCAGGCUUGGACUAAAGGUUGCCUCAGGCUUCUGUGAGGGUAUCCGUAUUCGUGAGGCAAAAACAGAUGCUUUUACUGUCAAGGAUCACCGAGGAGAAUUAUACAAGAAGCACUAUCCUCCUGCAUUAAAUGAUGAUGUUUGGAGGUUAGAGAAGAUUGGCAAGGAUGGAUCAUUCCAUAAGAGGCUGAAUAAGUCUGGAAUAUACACGGUGGAAGAUUUUCUUCGGUUUGUGGUUAGAGACCAACAAGGACUGAGAAAUAUCCUUGGAAGUGGCAUGUCCAAUAAGAUGUGGGAGGUUCUUGUAGAGCAUGCUAAGACCUGCGUUCUGAGUGGGAAGCUUUAUGUUUACUAUUCCGAUGAUACAAAGAAUGUUGGUGUUGUUUUUAACAACAUCUAUGAGUUGAGUGGGCUUAUUGCUGGUGGACAAUAUUACUCGGCUGACUCUCUUUCUGAUAGUCAGAAGGUGUAUGUUGAUACCUUGGUGAAGAAGGCAUAUGACAACUGGGGGCAUGUAAUAGAGUAUGAUGGGAAAGCACUUUUGAGCUACAAGCAGAACAAGAGGCCUAGUUCUUCUAGAUCUGAGCUUCCAAUGGGUCCAGAAUAUUCUAAUUCAUUUGAUCAGCAGAUCUCCGUACCUCGCCUGCCUGUUCCUUCAGAGCAGCCUUCGAUGGAUUCAGGCCUGAAUGUUGGGGUUUCAGGAUAUAAUGAUAAUCUGGCAACUAGAUAUCCAGCACAGUCACAAGUAAAUUCCAAUUCCCAUGUGCAAUUUGAUGGCAAUUCAUUUGCCCCACAGAACCAGAUGAUUAGCACUUCACACCAAACACAAUUCCCAAGAAAUGAAAACAUUGUAGGGUUGGCCCUGGGGCCACCACAAUCAUCAACACCAGGAUUCCAGAAUGUGGGUCCAUCCAUCCAAGCAUCAAAUGUAUCUUCUUAUGAUGAUUGGUCCCAUAGCCGAGAAAAUGGGGGAGUUGAUGGAUUCUUCUCAGAGGAAGAGAUCCGCAUGAGAAGUCAUGAAAUGCUUGAGAAUGAAGACAUGCAACAUCUACUUCGUAUCUUCAGCAUGGGUGGCCAAACUGCCAUUAAUAUAUCAGAGGAAGGAUACUCUUAUCCGUCAUACAUACCAUCCCCAACGCCGAACUUGGGUUUUGAUGAGGAUCGCUCACGUUCAUCAGGCAAAGCUGUUGUAGGAUGGCUCAAGCUCAAGGCAGCGUUAAGGUGGGGCAUCUUUAUCAGGAAGCAAGCGGCUGAGAGGCGGGCACAGCUUGUUGAGUUGGAUGACUAGUUGAUAUGCUAUGGGGCUUGUUGUCAAACCACAUAUUCUGCCUCAAAAGUUGGACUCACUAUUUAACCAUCUUUGACUCAAUGUUGGUAGGGGGGAUGGGUCUUUUAUGCAGUUGCUGGGGUUCUGAUUGAUUGGGUAUUAUCAGACAGCUGGGAAUCUCUGCUUGUACAGUUCUUGCCUGUACAGUAAGUCUGUUUCUUCUUUAAGAUCCUUACUAAUAUUGUGUUUAAUUGAUUAGGAUGCUUUUUUUUUCUUUUCUUUUCUGAAAGAUGCUUAUCCAUCUACUAUCUUUCUCCACAACUUGCUUUUCUAUCGAUGUGGGGGUUGGUUGGAGUUCCGGUCUUGGUCUAUCCUAUUGAGGAUCCUUAAUGAUGCAGUGUUGGUGACUGGCUUCAGGGGACAACUUUUGACUGAAAGUUGUGUCGACUUGGGUGUGCUUUGUAUGAUGAAACAUUGACUGAAGACCAGAGCUGGUCUAUUAAAGUUAUGCUAAAUAGAUAUAUAUAUGCUUAUGUAAUCUAUGUGGAUUCCAAAACAAGCAUGCAGACAAUACACACAAUAAACUUUUUUGUUGCCUGGUAAAUCUUUUAAGGUGAUGUUACCUUCUGUUGGUGUGUAAGCAGAACACAUCACCAUGGAAUGAUUCCAAGGACUCCUAGCAGGCUUCCAAGGUGCUUGUUUUGGAGGUGGGGAACGCCGGAAAUGCAGUUAUCUUUGUAUCUUAGUUAAUUAGAUGCUGCUGUCAUUGUGGCAGGGUGGCUUCUUGAAUCUUAGCAGGUUCCAGUCAGGUCAUGCUUAUUGCAAUGUAACAGUGUCACAUUUUGCAAUCUAUAUGCCAAGAUAUUCUCUAUA